CUAAUUUCAUGUUUCUUUCUUAAAAAAAUUAGGGUUCUUUUUUUCUGUUUCUCGAUUUUUGUUCUAUUAGAUUCUGAUUCUCGAAAACCAUCUCGAUUUUUUGCAUUGACACUGUGAAAUUGGAGCUGUAAUAUGGACAAGUCCUGGGUUUGGCUUCCAAGGGCCAGCAAUGAUUAUGAAAAGGGGGCAACUGAUUUCGUGAAUAAGUCAGCGUUGAGGUUGGGUAAUCCUCUUCAAAUCUCAUGUCCCUGUGUCGACUGUCGGAACAUGUGUCACCAAAAUCUCAACACAGUCGUGGAGCAUUUAGUCAUAAGGGGGAUGGAUAAGAAGUACAAGAGGAAUGAUUGUUGGAGCGUUCAUGGAGAGAUAAGAAAGACGCAGACAGAUGAGUUUGAAAGUGUUGACCACUUAGAAGCAUACGAGUUGUUUAGAACUGCAUUCUCUGUUGCUGAAGACAAUCCACAAACCGGAGAGCAACCAGAAGUAUUUAAAG